AUCACCGAGAUCGCCAAAAUUGUCUAGAUGAACAACAAGAGCGGCUAAAGGUCCUCUCUUGGCUUUCUCCUCUGACCUUUUCGGAAAAACGUCGCCAGAUAUCCGAACAGCAUCACCCCCGCACCAACCUUUGGCUUUUGCAGCACGAAAAUUUCGAAUCAUGGAGACUAGAGGAGCCAGCUCGAGUCUUGUGGCGCUCUGGAAUCUCGGGAGCUGGUAAAACCUACAUGACUUCUUUCGUCAUUGAGUCAUUGAGAUGCUCACGCACGUCGGGAACCGCUCCAAUGGUUGCGUUUAUCUAUUGCGAUUACAAGGAUCAGAAUCAGCAGACCGCCUCCAAUCUCGUCUCCAGCCUUAUAAGACAAUUUGCAUCUCAAAGUAAGAUAGUGAUGGCGAAGGCUCUGGAGGUGCACAAAGAGAAAGCGAAAACGUUCCACCACUAAUGCUAGUGGAACAAAUCUCGUUUCUUGAGGAUAAUGCGACAGACCUUCAAGACGGGUUCAUUGUGGUUGAUGCCAUUGAUGAGAUCAACGGCAUCGAUGGGUAUGGAGAAGACGUCCGGGACACCUUCCUAGACGUACUCAGGGGAUUGGCACAUUCAUAUCAUAUCCUUUGCACAUCUCGGCCGCACAUCAACGUAGCAGAGUAUUUCGAAACCGUGCUCGGCAUAACGAUCGAGGCGACCGAAGGAGACUUACAAAUAUACCUAGAGUCAAAGGUUGCGGCAUCGAAACGCCUCAAAGGAUUCGUGGCGAAAGACAAGACGCUCAAUACAGCAAUCUGCCGUACUAUCAUCGAGAAAUCCUGUGGAAUGUUUGUCGUACCCUUUUCCAAGCUUUCUUAUUUAGAAUUUCCUGUCACAGAUUCGCGUACACGUGUUUACUACUGCGUGUGGUGUUUCAACGCAUACAAAGAUGUCCAGAGCAAUAGGCCAAUCGCCCAGCCUGUGUACAGCUCUCUGUCGCCGUCUGAGGUGGCCUAAUCAGUUGCCCAGCUGCUCAAAAUGAUAGAUUGUAGUCUAUUUCGGACCUCUUGAAAGGGCGCUGAAUCACCACGGUUCACAAGCAGCGGUAGAAGAGUGUACACAAUCCUAUCACGAGCCA